UCGCGGAGGGCGUCGCCGCCGUCGCCAUCCUACAUGACGAAGGACGAGUUCGCAAGCUACCUCGCAAACCUUCGAAGCAAGCCCGUGGUGAGGCCCGGUGGUGCCAGGCCGCCGCCUCCCAGCAACCGUCCGCAGGUAAACCGAAACAGUCUCAGUAACAUUAGCUACGAUGCGUCGACGACAUCACAAGAUACCGCCCAUCAUCUUGGCCACCAGCGAUCUCAGUCGCACACGCCCAGCCUCAUUGCCGGAAGUAUGGCAUCGACUCGCCUUUCCACCAUUAGCUCCCGAAGCCGCGACUACUAUCCCACCAGCCCAACACCGCCUCCGGUGAAGCCCGAUACCGUUGUGCCUACGGCUAGCUAUAUGGAGCGAGGCCGGCGAUGGAUGGAAAGAGAGGAGGCAUCAUCUCUGCGAGAUGCUAUGGAAGAAAUGGAUCUCCGGGAGAGCAGAAAGGUUUCUCCUGAUGCGGAUCCUGCUGUCGAAGACGACGAGACUCGCAUUUACAACGCUGCUCUCAACGAAGCCGCUGAGCUUGUAUGGGAACACCAGCAUGGAGUCAAACCCCGGCCACCCGAGGGUGCAUACCGGUACCGACCGCACCUUAGAAAGGACAGCUACGCACAUGCCCGGGCAGCUACUGUGGGGAAGGGAGAAGAGUCAAUCGGCACGAACAAAUUGAAUAGGAACUCAUACUCGACUAGUUCGUCGGAAGAAGAAAACGGCUCUCGACAAACCGGAUCCCCCGAAUCAAAGGCACGUGCCGACGAGUCACCAGCGAACAAGGCAAAGUCGUAUGGAAAUGUCGGCGGGCGGUUCACGGGCGGUCGACGCAGCAGCAUGAAGAGGAAUAUCAGUGGAGAAGUCGAACGGCCCUUCUCUGGCGAUCAGAUAUGGGAAGAGCCCGAAGCCCAGUCGGGCGAGGGACCCACGACAACGACCCCUCCCAGCGGUGAUUCGCCCGUUUCACUGAAUCCCAAGCCGUCCAAUGCUAUCGGUCGUGUCCCCUUCCCGCGCAAUCAAGGAGAGACAAGCCCAACCAAGCGAUUGGAUCGGAUAGAAAUUCACAGGAACCCUCCGACUCGAUCCCGCAACGCCCAAUAUCAAGUCAAUACUCCCGUUUCCAACAGUCAGCAGCCCCCCGAUGGGCAGCAUCUGAAUGGAGUCGAGAUUCGCAGUCAGGAUAUCCGUGAAGCUACUAGCAUGAGGCUGAAAGACCGCAGUUCUAAACUCCCGGAACCUACUGCAGUCAGCGACAGCCCUGGAAGGCCCAUUGUAAGCUUCGAUACGAACUGGAAAGCCCCGGAGGAGUCCUCGUCCACUGAUGCCAGCUCAGGCCGACCAGACCCGACAACCCCAGCAUCAAACCGCUACCGGUCCCAGUCCCAAACUCAAUCCCAGCCCCAAACACCAUCACGGCCUAUGGAGAUCCCUAGCAUUGUUGUGGCGGAAGACCCUUCGCCGAGGCCACGGGCGCAGACGAGUGCGAGUGUGCCGUCCAUCUCGAUAGCGGAACCGGACGAAGCCCCAAAGAGGCCGACGCCCGCAAUCAACGUCCCGUCCAUUUCAGUCGAUGAAGCGCCGGGUCGCCGCAGCAUUCCCAGCAUUUCAACCCCGAGGGACUCGCCUGUGAGAGGCUCGGUGAGAGGCUCGCGUCCCCUCCCAACACCAGGGGCUCGGCCUCAGGGCACGCGCGAUCUACCGCAACCUCGAGGCCACUGGUCACCAGCCCCAAGUGCUGUUAGGCCAGCAGGAACGGUCUGUAACCAAUGCGAGCGUCCCAUUGAGGGAAAGUUUGUGGCACUGGCCGGGUCCCCUGAGCGCUUCCACCCUCACUGUUUCCGCUGCUACACUUGCGGCACCAGACUUGAAGCCAUGGAGAUCAGUCCAGAACCAGAAGCAUCACGGGCUGAGCGUCUAGAGAGGAUUCGGCGCCGCGCAGCGGGUGAGAUAUUGGAUGAGAAACCCGGCAUGACUAUGGCGGAAGAUGGAGACGAGCGCCUCCGCUUCUAUUGCCAUCUCGACUGGCACGAACUCUUUGCUCCACGCUGCAAGCACUGCACGACUCCCAUCCUUGGGGAGCAUAUUGUCGCUCUUGGGGCGCACUGGCAUUACGGACAUUUUUUCUGUGCCGAGUGUGGCGAUCCGUUUGAGCAUGGCAUGACGCACAUUGAGAAGGACGGCUACGCUUGGUGCAUCAACUGCCAGACAAAGCGAACAGAACGGCGUGCGCCCAAGUGCAAGAUGUGCAAGACAGCCGUCAUCGGCCAAUAUAUCAAGGCGCUGGGGGGCGAGUGGCACGAGCACUGCUUCCGCUGCCAUGAGUGCAAGGGAGGGUUCGACGAUGGGCAGAUUUUCCCCAAAGAGACUGCGACAGGCGCAAUUAUACUCUGCACCAAAUGCCGGUCCAGGGAACUCAAA